GUUCAGGCUAAACCGUGUUCAUCUGGUCCACAAUGCACCACAGCCCUGCACGCCUCAGCACUCUUCUACUCUUCAUCUCUUUAUCUGAAGUGCACUCAGAGUAUGACUAUGACUAUGGCUUAGGAGAGAGUGUGAGUAAAUCCUGCAGCGUGUCUGAAUCCAUCAGUGGAGGCACGGUGGAGUUUUCCAGCGGUGGAUCCGUCGGCAGCCGCAUGAUUUACCACUGCACUGAUGGAUUUCAGCCUUAUCCAAUCAGUCAGAGAGUCUGCAACUCCAACGGUGAAUGGGAGCCCAAGGUAUCCAGGGUCAAAUGUGAAGAAAUCGGUGAUUAUGGAGAUUAUGAGGAUCAACAGAAGAACUGCUCUUUGGAAGUGUCCAUUAAAGACGGUCGCCUGUCCUUCUCCAAUGGUGGGAUUGAGGGAAGUGUGUUGACAUACCAAUGCGAGACGGGACACUACCCUUUCCCUACAGCACAGAGAGUCUGCAGCCGAGACGGCAAAUGGUCAGCCAUGAGACUCCCAACUGGGAAGAAAACACUCAGUGCUGUGUGCAAAGAGGUCCUCUGCCCUGCUCAGAUUCAGCUUGACAAUGGGCAGUUCUGGCCCAGGAGGCAUUGGCUCAGGGUUGGAGAAAAGCAGACCUUUUCAUGCCAUGAAGGGUUUAUUCUGACUGGAUCUGCUGAGAGGAACUGCACUCAUUAUGGUGGAUGGACGGGAACAACACCAGUGUGUGACGAUCAGUCGGAGGACUGCAGAGAUCCAGGGAUCCCUCCAGGAGCUAAACGCUUUGGGCGUCAUUUUGCCAUUGGAGAUAAAGUGCGGUAUCUGUGUCAGUCAGGCCUGGAUAUUCUCGGCUCUUCUGAAAGAUGGUGUUUGGAUUCAAGGGAAUGGAGUGGUGCAGAACCCCGCUGCUAUGCCCAGUACUCAUUUGAUCAGCCGGCUAUUGUUGCUCAGGCCUUAGGAGGAUCUCUGAGCGCAGCCUUAGAUGUGUCACUCCCCGACUUCAAAAAGAAAGGGCAGUCUUUGGGUAGGACUAUAAAGGUUGAAGAAGGCCGCCUGAAUGUCUUCAUCCUAAUGGACACCUCAGGAAGCAUUUCACAGGAUACCUUCCAGGCAGCAAAGAAAGCCAUUAUUGAACUUGUCCGUAAGCUGGACAGCUAUGAAGUCAACAUGAAGUUUGACAUCGUCUCGUAUGCCAGUGAGCCCAAAGAAAUCGUAUCCAUUACAAACUUUGACAGUCAUGAUGUGGAUUUUGUCCUGAGGAAAUUAAGCGAGUUUAGUGACGAAGUUCAUGAGAAAAGGAGAGGCACGGAUCUGUCGAAAGCCCUAGAGAGGGUGUACGCUCAGCUGGCUUUACUCCGCGAGAACAAAAAGAGUCAUUUCAAUGAGACUCAGAACAUCCUCAUCAUAGCGACUGAUGGCCACUCCAAUAUGGGACCCAACCCACAAAUCAUGCUGAGUAAAAUCCGGAGCUUGCUAGGCUACAAACCCAGCAGUGUAGACCACACACAAGAGGAGCUCCUGGAUGUGUACGUGUUUGCUGUUGGGAAAGACGUGAACAGAAAAGACCUGAUGAGCUUUGCCUCCUCAAAGAAAGAUGAGAAGCAUGUGUUUGUCCUACAGGACUACCAGCAGCUUGGAUAUGUGUUCAACCAAAUGAUCAGUGAUUCUGCUGUGACGAAGUGUGGAAUAGCUCAAGAGGAGCAGAGCGGCGCUGACGACGUCUCCUACACCAAACCCUGGCACGUAGACCUCCUCUGGGGAACUAAAACAUGCCGAGGGUCAAUCGUGAGUGAGAGUAUGGUGCUGACAGCAGCUCACUGCUUAAUAAAGGCCAGCGGAGCCAAAGCCACGCCGGCGGACAUCAAAAUCACCCACGGUGCUGGAGAAGUUAAAGCCGUGGAGCUGAUCGUUCAUCCGCAGUUCAAUGUGUCUGGCCUGAAGGACAAGAAUGUGAAGGAGUUUUAUGAUUACGACAUCGCUCUGAUCAGGAUGAGGGAAAACAUCACAAUAUCCAGGCAGACACGGCCUAUUUGUUUGCCCUGUACAAAAUCCUCGAAUCGGGCUCUGAGAAUGGCUGCGGGCGCCACAUGUGAUCAGCACAGGAGAUUCCUGCUGCACCUGGAGGAGACGCCGGCUCUCUUCAUCUCACAGGGAACUCAUCGAGCAGACACACACAUACACAGCGGCGCUAAAAGAGAGAAAUGCGCAGAGAAAGCCAGAUCCGUCCUGCAGGAGAACAGCAGAGCCACGCUGACGGACAUCAUCACUGAGCGCUUCAUGUGUACAGGAGGAUCAGACAGAAACACACACCACAUCACCUGCAAAGGGGAUUCAGGAGGAGCUCUGUUUCUCCGCAGGAGGAUGCGAUACAUUCAGGUGGCAGUGAUCAGCUGGGGCUCCAGGCAGACGUGUGACUCUCGGACGGCACUCAGAGAAGCAGUUCUGGACGCCAGUGAUUUCCACACCAGUGUGUUUGCUCUGAUGCCAUGGCUGAAACAGCACCUUCAGCAGCAGAUCAGCUUCAUCCCUUAACAUCAGUACACACACACACACACACACACACACCUGCAUCAUCGGUGCUCCAGAAACACUACAGUCAGUAUUAUGAGAAGGCAUAACAAUAAAACAAGUUUGAGUCUAUA